GGACAAAGUCAUUGCAGACACACUUCGAUUCUUAAAAAGAUGGGCAUUGUUAAUGAUGUUAAGGAUACACUGUCUAAGGCAGUGUUUAAUCCGUCCAGCUUGCUGUCCGGACGAGGCGGGCUCCACAUGGCUCAGAUCAUUCUGUGUCUGGUCACCUUUGUCCUGGGACUGUUCAGAGGAGGGAGCAGCCAUACCUACUGGAACUACGCUAUGUUCACCUGGGCAUUCUGCCCUAUCAUGACUCUCUUCAUCACUGUUAUUGAGAUGUUCGGACUCGAUAUAGUCCUCAACAUGUUUUGCAUGGACUGGGGGGACUUCACCACAGGGAUGGCCAUGUCUUCCUCGCUCAUGACCAUCUCCGUUGCCAUAACGUACGGCAACUUCUAUGCCUGUCUGAAAUGCCUGUACGGCUGGAUAGUGACUGUGUUUGCCUUCCUGUGCGGUUUUCUCUACAUCCUUGAAGUGCUGAAGGACAAGUUCCUGGACAAGAAAAAAGGGAGCUACCUGGCUGCUCUUCCCGGGUUCUGUAAGGUUCUGGAGGCCUUUGUGAGCUGCAUGAUUUUUGUAUCACUCACUGGUUACAGAGGCAAACCAGCUCUGAUCCUUUGUGUCAUCGCAUAUAUCAUCCCUUUUCCCAUCCUCCCUCUAAUUAUAGCCACCAACAUCUUCAAAAAACUGAAGAACUGUUUGCCCUUUAACCUGGACAGGUUUGUCUUUGUAUUCCUUGUGAUCUCAGUUGUGCUGUACAUAUUUACAGCUAUCAUGUGGCCCAUUUUUACAUUCAGACACAAUCCACGUCCCAGUGACUGUCCCCCUAGCUUUUGUAUAUGGGCCAUUCAGUUCAUGGUUGCAUUUUUUACCUAUGUGAAUCUCAUCCUUUUUACAGUGGACCUCAUUUUCACACUACUCGGCAUCUGUGGUUUUAAGCGUACAUAAAUGUUCUGGUUUCUUUGAACAGGAAAGCGUCUAAUUGCUUGUCUAAAAAGUUAUUUAAAAGUCAAGAACAUAAAGGGGAAAUUUUCUGUUUCUAAGAAUUUAAACUUUACCAUUGAUAUUUGUUUAUUCUGUUUGUUUGUUUUCUAUGCAAGAUAAAAUUUGACCCUGAAAAUGUACAUAAACUCCACUGUUCAAAAUA